ACUGUGGUUGCUAGGUAGCUAACUUCAUGCUUUGUAUCCUGCACUGCGGCCUCCUUAAACAGCCAUGCUGUAUUUCGUGUUUGCAUUAGGUCACAGCCAUCUCUGCUACACGAUUUCGUCCCAGACGGUGCCAAACUCCCUUUAUGCAUUUGUUAUAUGGGAUUUAACAUCUUACUGGCUGCAGGUUGUUCAGUUUAGUACGGGGCACAACUUCGCUGUUGGAUAUUUUGUAGAAUCUGAAAAAAUUCGGCAUUAAAAAGGACCUGUCAGCGUAUCGUGUAGCUGCUAGUGUCUUGAGGAAAUGCCACUGAGGUUUCGCUCUGUUGUACCCUAUACACUGCCCGGAGUACUCGCACUGAUUGGAUGUUGGUGGUACAUCUCACGAAAGAGAGAGCGGCUCAUCAACCAUGACAGGACUGAGGGAACUCCAACCACUACGGACCUUAAAACAUCUUCAGCAGAUGGUAGCAAUGGUUUGGUGGAGAAAGACACUGUAUCCCCCACAAAUGACACAGACAACCCCAUUCACAGACCUCCAAAUGCCAGUAACCAGAGAACACAACAUGAAAACAUUUCACAGAUCCAUUUCCAGCACACUGAAGCGUCACCGUCACUGGCACAAAGUUCUGAAAAGUUUUCAUGUAAUUCUGAGAGAAUGAAACAAGGAAUCCAUAGGCCUCCACAGUCAGCACUGCCAUCACUUGAUAAAGAUGACAGCUUACAGGUAUCAUCAAAAGACCGUAAAGACCCAGAGAGGAGCUUGUCACUUGCCUUGGGAACAGAGCUCAACCUAGUGAAAGAUCCAGUAUCUGAUCUAGAAAGAGCCACAUUUUCCUAUCAGUCUACCAAAGUCACCAGCUCCUUUCCCACAACAUCGCUGCUUUCUGGUGCAGAGAGACCAGACCCGGAGGGGGAGGUUGCAAAGAAUCACAGCACUAAUAAUACACAAGAUGAAAUGAUUGGCUGGGAUGAGCAUGCAUCCAAUGUAGAGAGGGUGGACCCAUCAGAAGCAGACUCUCUGAAUACACCUCCACCAGUGCAGGAUUUUCACCAACACAUUCUGUCCAGCACACCAACUGACCCAGUCCUGGCCUCUACAUCCCUAAGUAUUGUCCAGAACACAACAGCAGUAACACCAGAGGACAUAUUGGUACACGGUAGCCCUGGAGAGGAGCAUGAUCUUGAGGAUCUUGCUGCUCGACUUAUAACGAAGGUCAUCUCAGCUGCCACCCAGGAAGUCCUUAGUGUCACAAGUUGCCAGGUUGUGGACAAAAGUCUGCCUAACUGCAGUAGUGGUGGACUAUACCCAGAGCUCGAGCCAAUCAUAGCAACGCAGAAACACCAUCAUCUCUCGACAAGCCCUUCUCAGGUAGGCUGUGAUUGUAGAGAGGCAACAGAAAAAGAAGCGCAAGCAGUGCCUAACGGCUGCUCCUCGUCUCCAGUAUGGAAAUCUGUUGAUGUCAGUCACAUAAAUCAUCAGAAAAAUGCUGUUCACAGCAGCCACUGGUCAGCACAGCUGCCCCAAGAAGCACAAACCUCACCUGUGUUGAACAUUAAACUAAAAGGUGACGAGGCUGCUCCGCUGGCCGAGGACUCGGCCUGCAGCACCUGCCACUCUGAGGAUGGCAUUAGCAGCGAGGAUCUUCAAAGCAGCAUGUUUGACAACCAAAGUGAUGUGAUCCAGCUUACAGACCUCUCCGCAGGAGAAGCGGCACAGGGCCAGGUGCAGGCUGAGAGUUUGACAGAGGGCUUAGUUUUGUCUGCAACUGAAGACGACUCUUUGGAUGCAGCGUGUGAGAUAAAGGGGCUAAAUGCAGUAGGUGUAAGGAAUGGAGCUCAUGGGACAUGUGAAGUAGAGACGGAUCAAUCUGGAGGUUCUGAUGUAAACAGUAUGGACUCUGUGGAUAGCGGAUGCACUAUGGGUGCCCUAGAGAGUAAGGGCAACCAUGCUGCCUCAAGCACUGGGCUGAUCAUCUGGGAGAUUGAGGUACCAAAGCAUCUUGUAGGGAGGCUUAUUGGAAAGCAAGGUCGAUAUGUGAGUUUCCUAAAGCAGAACUCUGGAGCAAAGAUCUACAUUUCUACCUUGCCUUAUACACAGGAGUUCCAGAUUUGUCACAUAGAAGGGACACAGCAGCAGGUUGACAAAGCCCUGUCGUUGAUUGGGAAGAAAUUUAAAGACCUGGACCUCAACAAUCUAUAUGCUGCACCACCACCUCCACUUACAUUACCAUCUCUUCCCAUGACUUCAUGGCUUCUCCUUCCAAGUGGAGUCACAGUUGAAGUGAUCGUGGUGAACAUCGUGUCAGCUGGUCACGUCUUUGUCCAGCAACACACCCACCCCACGUACCAUGCCUUGCGAAGCCUUGACCAGCAGAUGUUCCUUUGCUACUCACAGCCAGGCACCCCUGCCUUGCCCUCACCUGCUGAAAUUGGUGUGAUCUGUGCAGCUCCUGCAGUUGAAGGAGCCUGGUGGAGAGCUCAGGUCAUCACUUUCUACAAAGAAUCGAAUGAAGUGGAGAUCAGAUACGUUGACUAUGGAGGCUAUGACAGAGUUAAGAUUGACUCACUACGGCAAAUAAGGUCUGACUUUGUGACACUACCAUUUCAAGGUGCUGAAGUAUUACUCGACAACAUCGCACCACUACCAGGAGAGGAUCGUUUUUCAGCUGAGGCCACAUCAGAGCUGGAGGAAAUGACCAGAGGAGUCCCAUUGCUUGCGCAGGUCUCCAGCUAUGAUAACAACACAGGCCUCCCGCUGGUCCACCUGUGGAACAUGGUUGGAGAGGAGGUUAUAUCUGUGAACCGUACACUGGCAGAGAGAGGCCUGGGUGUUUGGGUGGAUGGAUUUUGAACUUGCAUGGUCUCUCAACUUCAUCAAACAGUUCACUUGAUCUAAAAAAAAACAAAAACAAAAAUUCCCUCCUCACGCUAUUGCCCCUUCUCCUCUUUCCCCUCCUUUAAAAAGAAAUACAUUGUUUGCAGGUAUCACGGACAUGAUGAACAAGAACAUAACGCUACUUUAAUAUGACAGCCUUCCAUUUUUGUUCUGGUGUUAAAAUAGGAGAAAGGAAUUUUGUCUUUUAAAAAAAACAACAACUUUUGCACACUGACAGUGGGUCGAGUGUGAAAGGACAGGUACCUGCAUCAGUCUAAUGUAGUCAUCUGUAGGUUAGUGCAUUUCAAAGCUGCCUGGCUUGCCUGGAGUGAAAGUGGGGGACACAAAAGCUUACAGCACUGCAAAGUGUAGAGAUGGUCAGACGGUGUUCCCUGUGGGAGCACUGAGCUAAUCUACCCGGCCCUGCGGCCUCAGAGCUCGGACUUCUCUCUGGUCUCCUUUAGCAAGGACAGAGGAACUACCUUGUUGCUUUUUGCUUUGUUUUUCUCCAUGAAACUGAUUUGCAAUACCAAAUAAUUAUCAUAAAUGACCUACCAUACAAAAUGCGGUUGAAUGAUUGCUCUACAUGUUGGCAGGAUUUUUUUUUUUUUGUUUGUGUGUGUUUGUGUGUGUGGGGUGUGGGGUGGGGGGGUGUCCAGGUCCAGAUUUUUCAUCUGAGGAAGCAGAUCGUUACUUUGGGGCAAUGCAAGUUCCUCAACGGGAGACGUUCAGUUUGGCUGACAAAACUACAGAUUGAUUUUUGAGGUGCUGUUUAAAAAAACAAAACAAAACAAAUGAAAUAAAAAAUCAGUCUAUUUAGUCUCCCCCAUUCCUGAAGGUUGAUUAUUUUAUACACAAAAGGUGAAAUGAACCAUAUGCAAGCUUGUGAUUGAAUGUGCUGUAUUUUCAAAACUAAUUACCAAAUGGUUAAAAAUCAGACUUAACGACUAAAUUCAGUUAGUGUCAUGAGUUUCCAUUUACGCUGGAGACUUUCUGCCUGUUGUGACACAGAGGGAUUUCUUCUACACUUGGAAAACUUGGUUGAUUUGACAGAAUCCCAUACUUCAGUACUUCUAGUCAGACAUGGUGAGGGAUAUCUUCAGCUUCACUGAGCAAUGAUAAGCAGGCUCAACAACUGGCUUUGUUAACUAAAUAUACUCAUGCGAACAAGUUGAGUUCUAAUUUACAAAUUACAUGAUCGCAGCUGUGAAUGGAGUACCUAAUGUGACAGACUGAAACUGACCUGAUGUGUCAGGAGCUAUGUUUGGAGGAAUAUAUAUAUAUGAUUUAAAUCCAGAAGGUGUUAUAACACAGAAGAACAUGUUUAUGUAUUUAAAGUUGCCUGUACAUGUAAAAACUCCUACACGUCUUUCAUUUUGGUUGGCUUUAACCAUUUAAUAUAUAUUAACUGACAGUCUUUUGGUUUUUGUAUAACUGCCAAGAUGUAUUCUAGAUUGUGGGAGUCUGUAUGUGUGUACAUAUUUAUAUAUAUAAAAAUGGAAGACUGUACUGGAACAAAGAAAAGGGAUGAAAUUUUACUUAUUAAAUAUAAAAUGACACUUUAAGGCAACAUUGGGUUUAUUUACUGCCACUUACCCUUACAAGAUAGCCUUGAUGUUCUGACCUGCACUAAUAAAGUUCAGUAUCAUGGGGAAAAAAACUUGACUUGGGCUCCAGAAAGAUUUUGAUCUGAUCCUCUGAAGUAGCCAUGUAUUUAUUAGCGGUUCACCAUGAUGGUGUGCUUCUGUUAAUACUGGGCUAGUUUUUUAUGGGGGGGGGAGGGGACAAAACCUGUUGUCUUUAACAGUAAGAGCUUGGAGUCUUUAAAGGGAACUGAUAUUAGCCUACUGCAUAAGAAUUUAUUUAUUUAAGCUAGCUGACAUGAUGUAAGCCUGAGCAUCUUUCAUAAAGAGGCUUCAGAAGAGGAGCAACGCUUAUUGUGGCAAGCUGGCUUGAAUCACAAAUAAGGAUCAAAUGUUCAUAUACUAAAACCAGACUUGCAGAGAUGCUGAGCACAGGUCAUAGCUCACCACUGAAGAGAACACAGGACAAAAAUGUACUGCAGAGCGGAUGGAAAGAAACUAUAAAAUGAACAGAUUAUUUCAACCCAUUUAAAAACUGAAGAUGUGGUUUAACUGAUCGAUGGAGCAAGGCAACCAUGCAAGAGCACUCUUCUGUCAUUUGUCGAGCUCGACAGCGAAUCAGUCCAAUCACAUACAACUGCUGGUUUUUGGUUCAGUCUGUAUUUAAAUGGUGACAUGAUGAAUCUACAGAUUUUAUUUAUCAAAUAGUAACUUGCAAUGGUAAACUCAAAAUGGUAACUGUCUGUUAGCACUUCCUCAACCUCAUUUUAACAUGAAAAUGUUACAGUGAGUUUGCAGGGCAUGAAUGGAUCCUGGAAUGGCCCAAGUUUAAAUGAUAUGGACUGUGUGCACUUCAUUUUUUAAUUGUUUUUUCUUUAACAUGAAUGAAAUCACUGUUAUUCUAGCAAUAAGGCAGCUUUAUUCUGACUGAAGAACAGAUUAGGGAAGGGGUUACCUGUUGUUUAAUUUUGCUAAGAAUGUUGACUUGAUACUUUUUGUCAAAUUCUUGAUUAUAGUCAAACUCAAUGCAUCUCUCUCACAUGGUUAAUUCAGUGGUUUAGUGACUCAACCCGUUCAGAUACCUUGUGGAAGAAAAUGGGUUGGUUGUGUUCAAACCAUAACAUUGAGUUAUAUGAAAUUAGGCAUGCAUACAGUGUGCUUCGCAUCAGCCCUAUUGGCUUUUGCAUUUUUCCAUCCAUCCAUGUUUUACAUGAUCUCUGCUCCUGUGUGUGUAUGUUGGGUUUUUUUGAUUUGUUUUGGGGUUUUUUCUUCAAUUCAUGCUGGUGUUUGUCCUCCUAACAACAAUCCUUCACUACAGCCUCAGAUUGUGAUGCUUUUGUUCAUUUUCCUGUAGAUAAGAUGACUGUAAUUUUCUAUAACACUGAAGACAGAAAGAUAAGGGAACAUUAUUUUUUCGUUUCUAAGAUUUCUUCCAUUUCAUCCUGCCCCUGCCAGCUUUCAAAUGUUUUCAAGCUGUGGGACUGACUAUUAGGGUUUGUAUCGCUAGUCAAGUCAUCAUUUGAUUAUUUAACUGGAUGUUAAACUGUUAUGCCGAAAAUCAAUUAACAUGUACAGAUCAGUUUUUGUUAGGAUUAUAUUAAGUUUGAUUUGAUUGUACAGAUCUGUUAGGAAAAAAAAAUAAAAGUUCUUGAAAGUGGUUUCAAA